AUGUUGCUUCCUGAAUCGCUGGCCUGUGUGGCAUUGCUGCUGCAUGGCGUCUCUGCCUUUACCAACGUCCUCGACUACAAUGCCGCUCCACCCAACCUGACCACGCUCUUCAACAAUACCCUCUUCUACACCUGGCGGCCAAAGUCUCAUUUCUUACCGCCGUUUGCACAUAUCGGAGAUCCAUGCAUGCAAUAUACUGAUCCGUCCACUGGCCUGUUCCACUCAGGCUAUCUCUACUCGGGAGGCCUCGGGGCAUCUGGUGCGGCCGCUGCAACGACAGGAGACUUGAUCACUUACCAGGACGUCAACGAAGAUCCAACCUUCAUUCGAAGUGGAGGGAAAAAUGAUCCUCUAUUCGUCUUUGACGGUUCUGUGAUCCCUGCCGGCAUCAAUGGCUCGGCUACAUUACUCUACACCAGCGUCUCGUAUCUUCCAAUUCAAUGGACGGUCCCAUACGUCAAGGGUUCGGAGACACAAAGUCUGGCGGUAUCCUCAGAUGGUGGCAAGAACUUCACCAAGCUGGAAUACGGUCCGGCAAUCCCUGGACCCCCGUUCCCUCUGACGAACGUCACGGGCUUUCGAGACCCAUACGUAUUCCAGAGCCCUCAUCUUGACCGUGCAACAGGUAGCCAGGAAAGCACUUGGUACAACAUCAUCAGUGGAGGCAUUCAUGGAGUGGGUCCAUCUUCAUUCCUCUACAAACAGUAUGAUCCAGAGUUCCGUGACUGGGAGUAUCUCGGAGAAUGGUGGCAUGAGGCUGCCAACUCUAGUUGGGGUGAUGGGACCUGGGCCGGACGUUGGGGGUACAAUUUCGAGGUUGGGAAUGUUUUCGCCCUUGAUGAGGCUGGGUAUAACCCUGAAGGAGAGAUCUUCACAACGCAAGGCGCAGAAUGGUCGAAAGCGCCCAUCAUUCCGCAGGUCUCGCAAUUUCGAGAGAUGCUUUGGGCUGCYCACACUCUCGAGACAGCCUCGAAUGGCAGUGUGAGUCUUGCAGUCACCAUGGCCGGAAAAUUGGACUGGGGCYCUUUUGCCUACGCCGCAGCUGGAAAGAUCCUGCCGGCGAAUUCUUCCGCAUCUCAGGCCUCGGGUAUAUCCCACGAUAGGUUCAUCACCUACCUCUGGUUGACAGGGGAUAACUUUGGCACCAGCGCAUUUCCCAAGCCCCAGCAAGGAUGGGAUGGUUCGCUUACCACUGUCCGCGAGCUUUCCGUGGGAACGAUUGACAAUGUGGUGAACAAUGCUCUCGUCAACGAGACUGGAUCCUGGAAGGUCAAGAACGGCAGCGAUCCGACCACAGCGACAGUUACUUUGACAACGCUCAAACAGACCGUAGCCCAAGAAGUCCACGCCGCGAUGAUUUCGAACGCAACCAGGAAAUUCAUCGAGCCAGCCCGCAACAGCUCCGCCACCCAGCUCGAAUUCCAACWGAACCCAAUCAGCAAAUUCUUCAUGCUAAAAACCAACAUCCAUUUCCCCUCCUCAGCACGCACAUCCAACCUCAAAGCCGGCCUCCGAAUUCUAGGAUCCGAAUUCGAACACACGGAUAUCUACUACCAAUUCUCCAACGAAAGCAUCAUCAUCGACCGUUCCAACUCCAGCGCCGCCGCAUCCAGCACUCCGGGGAUCUUAACGAAUAACGAAGCCGGUAGAUUACGACUCUUCGAUAUUGCAUCGCCGUCGACGAUGACUGGCUAUGAUGGUGGUAGCUCGAUUGAAACUUUGAAUCUAACCAUUAUUGUGGAUAACAGUAUCGUGGAAGUUUACGCUAAUGAUCGAUUUGCGUUGAGUACGUGGGUUUGGUCUUGGUAUGAGGAGAGUACACGGAUUAGUUUCUUGUUUGAGGAUGCGGAGGGAGUUAUGGUUGAUAAUACGACGGUUUAUGAGGGGUUGUUUGAUGCUUGGCCUAUGAGAAGGUAUUAG